UCUUCUCUCCUGCACAGCACUUAUAUAAAUACCUGCUCUCCCUUUCUUCUUCUUCUUCACUCAUUUCUUACCAUUGUCCAAUUUUAGAAGAGCAAAGCAAACUGAACAAUUUGAUUCAGUUUCCAUGGCGCUGAUCAUAAGCUUAGCGAGAGUCAAACUCUGUUCUCUGCUAUAUUUCGCCGCUGCUUCUCUCUUCGCCAUUGUUAGGGCUGAAGAUCCUUACAGGUUCUUUGACUGGAAUGUCACUUAUGGUGACAUUUACCCGCUCGGUGUUCGCCAACAGGGAAUCCUUAUCAACGGACAAUUUCCAGGACCAGAUAUUCAUUCGGUCACUAAUGACAAUCUCAUUAUCAAUGUUUACAAUAGCUUGGACGAGCCUUUUCUCCUUUCUUGGAAUGGAAUUCAAAACAGGAGAAAUUCUUUUGAAGAUGGUGUAUGGGGAACCACAUGCCCAAUUCCCCCUGGCAAGAAUUUCACAUACAUUCUCCAAGUGAAGGAUCAGAUUGGGAGCUUUUACUAUUUUCCUUCUCUUGCAUUCCACAAAGCUGCUGGUGGAUUUGGAGGUAUUAGAAUCCUUAGCAGACCAAGAAUCCCUGUUCCUUUUCCAGACCCUGCUGGUGAUUACACUGUUCUUAUUGGGGAUUGGUACAAGUCCAACCACACGGAUUUGAAAGCCCAUCUUGAUGGGGUAAGAAGCUUCCUUCUCCUGAUGGAAUUCUCAUCAAUGGUCGUGGACCUAAUAGUUAUUCUCUUACUGUUGACCAAGACUGAGAUGACCGAGCGUCGAGCAUCGCAGAGUACGACCCCUGUAUCAUCUGCUGCUUCUUGUGUCGGCGAUAAUGUCGAUGGUCAGUUCCCGCCUGAUAUGGAUAUUUUCACGGAUGUCCUUGGACCCCGCUCGCGUUAUAAGAAAGGGUUGGGGGGUUGCCUAGGUUGAAGGCAAUUGGCGCAAAGAGGGCAGCAUCUUCGUCAACUUCUCAAAUGUUCGAGAAAUUGCCACCUGAAGUGGACAGCAUUUUGCAGCACACUGAGGACAUUAUGCUAGAAAAUCAGAACCUAAAAAAGCAUAAUACUAAACUUGAGAGUCAUCAACGGCGUCAAGAUCUUCUGCUCAGUGCUUUGUUGAAGCAGGUUGGUGAAAUGACUCCUGGUUUUACUAUUGACUUACCAGACCAGGAUUUGGAUGAGGACGAUGAUGUUGACGGGGGCGGGGAUGAUGAGGUGGGCAGUACUCAUUUGUAGAACUUUUUAUUUUUAUUUUUUAAAGUUUAAUUUAUUAGACAUUUAUUUUACUAAACUAUUUUUAUAUUUUCAUGUUUGGUGGAGACAAUAAAUAUUAAUAGUUGUAAUUUUUUUUAUUUAUUUAUAAAAUUU